AUGUUAUCUCAGCGCGAAUAUGAAGAUCUAUUAUGGAAAAUUAACCACAUUCCAUCAACCAUUACCGGAAAAAAACGACACAAUCUUCGAACUACGUUUAAGAAAAAACUCCAUGAACAUGAAUUGGCUACAAAAUACCCGCCUUUUGAACCAUUAAAAUUCGAACAAUAUUUUAUUAAUUUUCGAACAACUGACUCAACAUUAAUUCAUCUCAUCGAUCAAAUUAAAUCAACGUCCGUCUUUACACUCGAUACAGAAUCCAUACUUAUUCCAUAUCGACCAAAUGCACCAGCAUUGAUUCAAGUACAAAUUAUUCUAUCAGAAUCAUUCUCCUCUGUUGUACUGAUCGAAAUGUGUCACUUGCCUCGGGCACAUGAACAUACAUUUACAUUAGUUAAACAAUUUUUCCAAACAUUAUUCAAUACUGAUAAAAAUAUCUUUAUUUGGGGAGCUAUCAGCGAAUUGCAUAAUUUUUGUUCAUAUAAUUUAUUUACAUAUGAGCAAUUAUAUUUAUGUAAUCCUAUUAAUCUUCAGAAUGAAUUUAAAGAUCAUUGGAAUGAACAACAUCCACAUCAACCAACAACGUCAACAUCUACAAAUUAUCCUGAAUGUAUAUGUGAAGAAUGUCUAGGUUUACAAAAGACGAAUACCUGGUCAUUACAAAACGCCGUGGCAUUCGAAUUAUCUCAAUGGUUGGAUAAGCGUCAAACAACAUCAAAUUUUGAUAUUGGUCUCGACCCCACAUUGUAUCAUUUUAAUUCAGCUGAAACUGAACAUCGUCAAUCAUUAAUUCGUUAUGCUGUAUAUGAUUGUCUGUCGAUGCAACAAAUUAUGCUUAAAUUAAAACUUAUCGAACGUCAAGAAUCAAAUAUUAAUCCAUCGAAUGAAAUAAUUACAGCUACAGUAAAUGAUUUAACAAAUAUAGCAUGCGAUGAUGAUCAACAUGAUUUACAAGCAACAAACAAUUUCGAACCAAUAUCCCCAGCUGAUAUUCAAGACGCUUCCACACCGCGACAACAACAAACAUUAACAAAAGCAGAACGUCACCGUAUCCAUAAUCGUACAUGUACUUUGAAACAACGUAAACGCUACUACAAAACUGAAAUUAUUAUUUCUAAUAUUGAUCGUCGAUUUACAAUCAAAAACAUUAAAGAAAUUAUUAAAUCUUACGGUGUUCCAUUUUCGGCGGUCAAUUUUUCUACUUCAUCAGCUACUCGAAAACGAUCAAUACAUAUUGGAAUGCGAAAUUCAUCACAAAUUAAUGAUUAUCAACAUCGAAUCGACCAUUUAUUUACAACUUCGCAUUACAACCGCUUCAUUAAUGAUCGACGAACACAUAGAUCCUCUAAUAAAAGAUGA